AAGCGCCGCCCUGCGCGCCGCCCUCACGCCUCAGCCCCUCACGGCUCGGCCCGGUCUUCGCGCCUCAAGCCCAGCCAGGCCGCUCGCCGGCCCGAAACUCGGGGCUGUGGAAGGGAAAGCUCCUCUCCCCCCCCCCGCCAACACACGGAGAGAACGGAGAGGGAAGGGCGGACAUGGCGACGGCCGCCGUCCUCAGGGAGGCCGCGGCCGGAUAUGCGUGUACGCCUCCCUCCGCUGUGGGCCGCCACCGGCGCAGCUGACUCGGCCCGGCCCAGCCCAGCCUGCCGAGCAGGAGCCGAGAGAGGCGAGGCUGCGCUUCCCCGCCCGGCCAUGUAGAGGGGGCCCGCCUCGCUUAGGCCAGCUCAGGAGACAGCCGGCCGCCUCAGCGUGAGGGGAAAGAAGGAAGGGGGGGGGGGGAAGCUUCGCCUGACAGAGGGAGGGACGAGAAGGCGGCGGCGGCGGCAGCAGGAGCCGCGCUGCCUUGUGAGGCGAGAGGGUCGCGGGGGUUGGGUGGAGCCGCGGGGCGCCAUGGAGGACAUUAACUCCAACGUGAACGCCGACGCCGAAGUGCGGAAGCUGCAGGAGCUGGUGAAGAAGCUGGAGAAGCAGAACGAGCAGCUCCGCAUUCGCAGCGCCGCCGGGGCUCCGGGAGGCAGCCCCAAACGGCUGCUGGGCAACAACCACGGCGGUGGCGGCGGAGGGUCGGGAGCCUGCACGCCGCCUCUGGCCGCGACGGCUACCGGCGCCCCGCAGUCGCCUUCGCCGCCCUCGCCCGCCGCCAACGCCAGGAGCAGCCCUCUGCUGCUGGGGCUCGAGAGCCGCUGCCUCGGCCCCAACAAGGCCGGGCCCAGGCGGCCUCCGCCGAGCGAGGAAGGAGCCGGAGGAAGCGGCUCGGAGGUGUCGGGGGGAGCCGGCGAGAACGCCAGCCUCCUGGACGAAGUGGAGCCCCUGAAGCCCGACGAGCUGGAGCGGCUGGCCGGCUGCGGGGAAGACGAGACCGGCUGGUGAGGAGGAGUGGGACGCGGGUCUGGGUUUAUUUAUUCCGGUCCAAAUGCGGUGCCUCCUCCAGGUUGCACGCAGUUGGGCCGCGAAGACUCCCUGUUUUGCGCUUGGGAGGGUUAGGAUCGCACGCUGCCUCUCAGAUCGGCGACCCCCAAGAUCGAAGGCCUUGCCUUGCGGGGUCUCCCGGAGGAGAGCCAGGGUUCCCGGUGCUGUCGCAGCCCAAGGGGCCCGAGAGAAGCGGCUUCCCUACGGGGCUCUUGCCGUGGUUUCUUGCACCUGGGAGGCUCCGCACAAAUCUGGGAGUUGCAGACCUUAACCUUCUCUUGGAGGAGAGCCUUGUUUUGGUUCCUUUCUAGGGAAGGGAAGGGAAAUCUACCCAAUAUUCCCGAGGGGUAGAGAAUCCCUUUGUCCUUUCUCCAGCAAGCGGCGGCUUCAGGGUACUUUUGUUAUAGCAACCCAGAACCACAGCGGCAAAGGACACCCAUUCAGAUUUUUUUGUUGGGCGGUGCACUGGGGAUCUUCAGAUUUCUAAAUGAUGAGAUCCCUACUUGAGCGUUUAGCGGCCUGCUUCUGUAGUCUCUGAAAUAUUUCACAAAUUCACAAGUCCAUAAAUUCUCACUCUUAAAUCUCUCAUAAAUUUCUACACGUUCCAGGAAAAGGUGGUUAAAUCCUUUACUCAUGGGCAUGCUAGUAUUUCGUGUUCUAGGUAACUAGGGAUGUGUUACGUAUUCUAGGAUCGUAGUAAGGUUUAGUGCUUUGGGCCCCUAAGCUAUCUCACUUUAAAAGUUACAGGCAUUUGUGCCCUUUUUGAAUUGACGUUCUCAUUCUUCUUGAGCGAAGAUGCUCAACGUUUCAUUUUAGUGAAAAGAAUGCUUGAAGUGAACUCAGAAUAUGCCUGCAAAGGAUAUGGAAGGUAGACCAAGAAGACAGAUCAAUAUUCUUUAAGACUUUUUGAAUCCUUUACACACACACACACACACACACACACACGUAUAUAUUUUAGUGAUUCCCAAAAUGGUGGCUUAGAACUGAUAGGUAUAUGAAUGAAAUCUCAUGGGCAGGCUACCAAAGCAAAUUACCUGACUACAAAAUACUAUGUGAUUAUCAAAGAUCUAUGUGCACAUGAAAUCAUCCCUUUUCCCUUUAAAGGAGAUGUACGGGAUAACUUCCUCCUUUCUUGCUCACUGCUUGUGUAUAUAUCAAGCUAAGUUUGUACAGGUCCCCCUCAUAAUGUGUGGAUAUACAUGCAUUUUGCAGUUGUGUACAAAGUUCUUUUAUAAGAACCGAUCUUUAUGUGUGAUGCAGUGCAAGAGGGAGUUCCGUCUCCUUAAACAGAGAAGUAUUUUUUAAAACAAAGCUUCAACUUCUGGGGCAUCACUUCUAUGAAAAGUUUUUGGAGCUAGGCUGCAUUAUAAAGGAGAACCUUCAGGAUUGUGUAGUAUAUUACAAAAACAGUUGGUUUAUGUUACAUUUGUAAAUUGCCUUGAAACACAUGUAAAAUGUGAUUCAUAAAUUGUGUUGUUUUAAUUACUUAUCAAUUUAAUCAUAGCUAGGAGUGGCUUAAGGACAUGGGUGGCGCUGUGGGUUAAACCACAGAGCCUAGGACUUGCCGAUCAGAAGGUCGGCGGUUCGAAUCCCCGCAACGGGGUGAGCUUCCGCUUCUCUGUCCCUGCUCCUGCCCACCUAGCAGUUCAAAAGCACGUCAAAGUGCAAGUAGAGAAUAGGUACCGCUCCGGCGGUAAGGUAAACGGCGUUUCCGUGCACUGCUCUGGUUCGCCAGAAGCGGCUUAGUCAUGCUGGCCACAUGACCUGGAAGCUGUAUGCCAACUCCCUCGGCCAGUAAAGUGAGAUGAGCGUCACAACCCCAGAGUCAGUCACAACUCGACCUAAUAGUCAGGGGUCCCUUUACCUUCAAGAGUGGCUUAAAAUGGAAAUUCUUGGGUUCUUUCCAAGCCCCUCCUAUUGCAACCUGGUUCACGUAAUACUAAGCUUAACCAUGGCUUAGCAUGAACAAGCAAAUGUGUAGAUUCCUGGAGACAAGGUUGUGGGCUCUUUGUUCCUCUGCUUGUCCUGCCACUGUCACACUGCUGCAAGCAAAGUUGUGGUUUGACUUAUUAUUUAAGUCCAAACCCAGACUUGUUUAUCUUGAUCCAGUAAAACUAUGACAUGCAGUGAAAGUUUGUUCUUUGCUUUUCCACUAGUACUUUAUCUGAGUGAGACAAACCAUGAUCCUAAGUUCAGACCUAAUGCUGCCAAACCAUGGCUUAGCUCGCAGCAGCAGCAGCAAGACCUGUGAAGAAGUGAAGUGACCAUAAUCUUCUCUCUCAGAACGUACAUAUUUGCGCUAAGUCAUGGUUUGAAUUAGCAUGGCAUGUGAAUUGUUCUUGUAUGUCUUUAUCCAGCCAGGAGACAGUGUAAAUCUCCUUCUCCCCUUCCCUCAGCCACUGAAGGACCAUGAGAUUGCUUGUUUUUGAGGGACACUGAAAUAACCAGACCUCUUCUCCUGCUGUAUCUUUCUCUUGACAAACUUGGCUGUUUCCCCGCCCCUUUUUCCCUUGGACUACCUUACCUGAUGAAGAGGGAGACUAACCAGGGGUUAUUUAUGUCCAUUUUAUGAUCUUCAAUACACUUGAAGUUCUUAUUCUCAUUUUCUUGAAAAUGUCUAGAUAAUGGUGAAUACAGUGGUACCUUGGAUUAAGUACUUAAUUCAUUCCGGAGGUCCGUUUUUAACUUGAAACUGUUCUUAACCUGAAGCACUACUAAUGGGCCACUACUAAUGGGGCCUCCCGCUGCCGCCGUGCCGCCGGAGCACGAUUUCUGUUCUCAUCCUGAAGCAAAGUUCUUAACCUGAAGCACUAUUUUGGGUUAGCGGAGUCUGUAACCUGAAGCGUAAGUAACCUGAAGCGUAUGUAACCCGAGGUACCACUGUAUAGUGACAAAGUAGGAAGUACAGGCAACGACCAUUUUGCGCAUGUUCAAAUAAUGUACAGGCGCAUUGCCACAAACCCAGAAGUGGCAGGAAAAGUGGGUGGGAUGGGGCAGGCUUCCGCAGUCACAUGUGUUGACCCAGAAUGCAACCCCAGCACAAAUCGGAGAUUGCCUGUAAUUCAGAUAUCUCUCAUCUCAGCAGUUUGGUAUUGCUGCUGCCAGUGCUUCUAUGAUUGCUAUGCAGAGUUGUAGGUGUCAAUUACUCUGAUAAGCAUGCCUGACAGUGGUGAGUUUCCGAAUGUGAAAACACAAAGACGAGUCCGUAGUCCAGUGGGAGAAAAGGUCCUUGAUUCCUGACCUCUCCAGGUAGAGCUGGGAAUGUCCCCAGCCUGAAACCUUCAUGAAGUGCUGCCAUUCAGUGUAGAGUACUGGGCUAGAUUGACUGAUGGUCUGAUUUGGUAUAAGGAAGCUUUCUUUAUUUUUCAACACCAGGAAGUCUUCCUCAGUCAUAAUAGGCAACAAGUAUCCUUGGAAGUAUAUAUUGUACCUGAAAUUAGUUCCACCUUUCUUUCUGUGUUGCUUAAACCAAAGCACAAUUUUGGUAAGCAGCAUUUAUCAGUUUUAAUUAAUUUAGCCAUGUGGACUGCCUGAAUGCAAAUUGCAUUUUUUUUUUGUAUCUUUACCUCAUUUCAAACUAAUUAAACUACAUCUCUCACACACACACAUACGUGUGUGUGUGUGUGUGUGUGUGUGUGUGUGUGUGAGAAUAGCUUUUCAGGCAUACAACUCUGUUGUCCUCUUAAAAUAUUGCAUUCAUUUUAAAUGGGUACAACCUUCUAAUUAGACUGACAUGCUUAUAGUUGAGGUAUUAGAGCAACUGUCCUGUCUCAGUUAACAGCAAAGAUGAAUCACUAGACUAAUUUAGUGAUUGUGAAGCAGUUGUGGGUGAGCUUGUUCUAACUUUAUUUUCUAACAAACUCAUUAUGUGUUUUGAAUGCUCAUUGUGAAAUGAGCCACUCCAGUGCAAGGCAGAUAUUUCUCUUGACAUUUUGACAUCUAAGAUUGUCUUGUUCCAAUGCGCCUUUGACAAGCUUAACUGAAAAGUGUCGGCUCCUCAUUUUAUGAUGUGGCUCUGUUCCAUCAUUCCUUGUUUUAUUUAGGCUAUUUAUGUAACUUGUUUUAUUCUUACAUAUUAAACUAUGUUUGUUAACUGUUUUGGGGUCCCACAUUGUGGUAUAGCAAGGCCAAUAUUUCAGUUUUGCUUUUUAUGAUGACUAAAAUCAAAACAAAGAAGUUAAGGACAGUAUUUGCUUUUGAAUACAAUUACUUGGGUGUUUCUACUAGUAUGAUAAUAUCAAGGCUUAGGUCAUGCUUUGAGAGAAAUUGCAUGACAGUGUUAGAAUGAGUCACUAUUGCAUUCAUGGGAUAGAAAUUUUAUCUAAGACCAACCUAGGUUAAAAUCCCACAUGGCAGUUGAAUAUGGACUUGGUGCUGCUAAUGUAAUGCAUGUGGUUUUGUGCAGUGUUCACAGAUGAUAGACCUCAACCAAAUGCCAUCCCAUAUUUUCCUAUUUAACCUGACUUUACUAUUUACCCAGAAAAUGAAGUAAGUGAAAUAAACCUCCUGAAACAAUAAAUCCAAAUUAAAUUGGAAAGCACGGGAUGGCACUUUGAUGAAGACACUAUUCUGUGGCACUGCAAGAAACAUGCAUGUUCGAGGAGUACACAGUCCAUAGAAAACUGCUAUAUGAAAGCACCCCCAGCUGCAACUACAAGGAUUUGCGGUUCUGUAUGAGAAAAGAUUUUGGUCAAGAGUGUAAAAGUUGGCACAAUGAAGACAAUGACUUCAAGCAAAUAACAUCCUCUACAGUUCUUACCCAUAGGAUGAUAGUGCUAAUGGAUAGGAGAUGACUGAUGAAAUCUCAGAAGCUGACUAGCAAGUAGACAUACUCACCUAAGUGCAAUAUGCUCAGUGAUGUGAAGGAAGAAUGUGAGUGCUCUGUGUAGAAGAGUUUGGAUUUGAUAUCCCGCUUUAUCACUACCCGAAGGAGUCUCAAAGCGGCUAACAUUCUCCUUUCCCUUCCUCCCCCACAACAAACACUCUGUGAGGUGAGUGGGGCUGAGAGACUUCAGAGAAGUGUAACUAGCCCAAGGUCACCCAGCAGCUGCAUGUGGAGGAGUGGAGACGCGAACCCAGUUCCCCAGAUUACGAAUCUACCGCUCUUAACCACUACACCACACUGGCUCUGUAAUGUAUUUCAUUCUUCUCUACCAGCAUGAUUCCUGCUUGGCUUGUGCUCAUCCCCCUCCUAGGAGAAGAGCAAUCUCCAGAAGGGAAGUCUGUUUCUCUUAGAGAAAUGACUUCCUAUUCUUCAGCUUCUAGUUUCUAGUCUAGAAGUGCUUGAAGACAGGCAGAUAUUUAAAAUGCCUCUCUUUCCAAGGAGUUACAUCUCUCUCUCUCUCUCUCUCUCUCUCUCGCUCUCUCGUGGUUAAAUAUCAGUGUUAGGGCUUUUUUGGUUGUAGCAUCCCACUUUUGGAAUUCUCUUACCAGAGAGACUCAACUUUGGCCUAUGUAACCUUGCCAAUGCCAGGUGAAAACAUUUGUACUCUCCCAGGCCUUAUUUAUUUAUUACAUUUAUAUACAGUGCUAUCUUUUCUUCCAAUAAGCUCGACGUGAUGUAAAUGGUUCUCCUCCUCCCCAUUUCAUCCUCGCAACAUUAUCCUGUGUUUUCGUUGGUGUUGUCUUUUGGGAACUGUUCUGGAAACUUUCUGCUGAAGGAGCAGUAGAGAAAUCCCUUAAAUAUGCUGCAUAAACAUGGGCUCAUUCAGGUUUACUUGCUAGUGACUUAAGUUCUGCAUAAGCCAGAAAUAUUAUCCAUGUUUCAAAAUGGCUGUAACAUUCCAGAUAUUAAUACAGCAUAAUGUUACUAAGGAAUGAGUGGAAACAUAUUACAUAAACAGCAAAUGACAGGCAAUAUUACAGUCAACACUGAUCCUUCAUUGGCAGUGAGGGAUAGUUUGGCAAUUUAAUUGGUCCAUACCAUUCGGUGACUUGCAAGUUUUAUUUAUUUUUACAAGCUGCUAUUUAGUUGUAUGGCCAUGCUGAUUCAAAAAUACCUUGCAGCAGCACUAUAUCUUUAAAGACAUUUUAUAAAGUAUGCAUCUUUCUGCCAUUCAUGUAGUCCUCCUUUCCCUUUUACCUGACAUAAAUGCUCUGGAAAUGUUGUUUACCCCUUCUGUCACUCCAGGGUGUUUUCACUCAUGAUGUAACUAGAAGACAUUUGCACCAGCUUGCCAGGUAUCACCAUCAAACUAUGUUAUCAUCAUGCUAAAAAGUAUAUUGAAAGAAAUAUUAGCUAGCCAAGAAAGUGAAGCAUUAAAACCCUGUUUAAAGUCUUCAGUGUUAAUUUUGGGAGGACCCAGGAACAGAUUGUAAUAUAUGUACCUUUAAAAAGAAAAAAGCAGAUGACAUUUUUAUCAACUAACUACAGUUUAGUGGAAGUGAGUGACUUCCCAUUAUGUUUUGGUCUUUAAACAGCUAUAGAAACCCUCAGAGGUUAUUUGUAUCUGGAAAAAGUUGUGGACAAGGACUGCUUGCUCAUCUAUUUCCCCACUAACUGCUUUUCCACAGAGGUUUGGUAAUCCCAAGAUGUUCCCCGGUUGUUGGUUUCAGCCCAGUGUUUAUUUCACAAACAUGGGGCUGGAACCUAGGUAGUAAAUUUCAGGAUGAAAGUUACUGGCAAGUGAAGGGUUAAGCACUUGUUUGUCUCCCACAGCUUCUUCAAGGACGAAAUAUCCAGCAUGCUAAUGUUACACACCUGUGACGUAACACUUAGACCUGGUUCAUAGAUCACAUUAAACCAUGGCUUACCAUUACAUCUGAACACAGCUCAGUGCUUUAACUAUGGUUUGUUAGUGAAAACAAGCCAAAAUUUGUUGGCUUACUGACCUUAACUGUGGUUUGGUGUUGCAUGUGAGCAUGGGGACCACCUUAAGAGUGGUUAAUUUCAUUACCCUGCCCAAAUUUCUCACCAAGCAACAGAGAUGCUUGGUAAGAAUGCUGGAAAACAAAGAAGUCCUCCUCUCUUCUUGCUGCUGCCUUUCCUAAAUUUGAUGUAGUGAGGCAGCAGCCAAAAUAGAUUUUUUGGGGUCAGGCAUAUUAUUGCAUGCCACCCAAAUCUCUGAGCAGUGUGAGAUUUCAAGGUUUCCAGGCACUUACCUAGGGUUCAUGUUUCCUUUGGAAUGAGGCACAGCGGAGACUGUGGAGUCUUUAUGAUAAAUAGUUUACUUGAACAUCUAUACAAUCUGAGCCUAUGAUGGAGGGGUUCACAGUAUUAACACCCUUAAAGGAUCUUGCUUACCUCAUAGUCACAGCCUUAGAUUUCAACAGAAAAUCCGGCAUCUCCCAGCUUCCUAGCCUGUCUCCCAGCCUGCAGUCUCCCAGCUUCUAGCUCACAUAACAACAUUCAACUCUUGCCUUUUUCUUUCUAAGUACCAGCCAGUUGAGGGAGGGGCGGGCACAUAUUUUGUAUCUGGCACAGAACCUUUCCCUUUGUUACCUUAGUGGCCCAUACUUGGAGGGUCAUUACUUCAGCAGGAAGUUAGCAUGACUAUUCCAGGAAUUGAAUCCAUUCUGAAUUAGAAGGGGGCUCAAGCAUACAGCCCACCCCCUCCCUAAAUUCAUAACAUUAUUAACAUUUGAAUUUUUUCAUUUAUGCUGCAAAGGGUGUAAUUAGAUUAAACAAAGCCUCAUUCUAUGGUUUCUCUUUCUGUGCCAGUAUUUGGAGCCCUAAGUAUAUUGAGAAGGUCUAUUUAAUGUUGUAAUUUAGCUCCUAAUAUGAUCCUGUCACUUUUAUAAUUGGUAUUAAUCACCAAUAUAUUCUUCGAAGUUAGCUCAGAUAUGUGUGUGUCUGACUCUCUGCCUAACUUGUUAAAUGUUUGAGGGUUCAUUGCUGGGAAGUUCCGGCUUUUACUUAAUGAGAUUUUAUGUGGCUUUUUCUGUUUAAGCUGCUUUCAUAUAAAUGUUCCAGAUUAAAAGUUUGAAGCUGUAAGAGGCCCAAAUAUAGUUUCUGUGCUCCAUUUUUAGCAUGUUAGGAAUACUUGAGGCAUGCAGUGCUUAGUGUUGUAGUUAUUGCUUGGUUUAUUGGGGUUUUUUUGACUAGUUAAAAAUCAUAUAUUUCACAGAUGUAAAUAUUUGGGUUUACAGCAUGUUGGGCUGUUUCUAGACUUGCACAUGUGGAAGUCCUAUCUGUGCAGUAUAGCUUUUCUCGCCACCUUCCCUCUCCUGAGCAGGGGGGUGGGGACAUUUGGGACUUGCAUGUGAUGCGGCAUACACGGAGCUCCGGCCUCAACUCAUUUUAGCCAUUUCCUCCAUUCCUGCUGUACCAUCUCAAACCACCUCCCAUGCCAUUGCUGAUAAUUUCCUAACCCUCAGGAGAGACUUGGGGGGGGGGGGUUUCUACAGCCAGCAGCAGGAAGAAGCAGGCAGGGAAGCCCUGUGAUGUGAACAGAUUCCUGCUUGUGUUUGGAAUCCACAUUUUCUUCAUUCAAAUUUGACCUCAUUCACACACACACAAACACACACACACACUUGAAACUGAAUAUCAAGUCUGCUUGUUCUCAUCCAUACCAGUGGGUGUUCCCUUCUGCAUUUAUCACUGCAUUCCAAAUUGUUGAUUCAAAUACGUAAAUCUGACAAAAAACGGCUGUGUGUUCAUGAAUUAGCAGAGCAGUUUGCACACCUUUUUUUAAAAAAAAAAUUGUGCCCACCUAGGGGUUGCACAGUAGCACACACAUGGGAAUUUCCAGUUUCAUACAAAUUUGGUAUGUCGUCGGUUUACCUUAUGUUCAGUUCGAAAACGGCAAGUAUUUCCCUUUCCAAAACAGUAAAAUGGUUGUGGGACAAUCCAUACAGUAAUAUACAGUGAAAUCAUGGGGAGAGGGAAUGAAGCAGGGAGAGCUGAAGUAUUGCACAGAUCUGAUUGUUGUUGGUUUAAAAAAAAACAAAAUCACAACAAAGGUGGUCUCCCAGGAAAUAGCCCCCCCCCCCACUGGUGGGACAUAACUGACAUUAAGAAGAUAAAGUAUAUAAAAAAGAAAAGGUAAAGGACCCCUGGACGGUUAAGUGCAGUAAAGUCGACUAUGAAGCGUGGCGCUCAUCUUUCUUUUCAGGCCAAGGGAGCUGGUGUUUGUCCACAGACUUCUUUCCAGCUCAUGUGGCCAGCAUAACUAAACCGCUACUGGCCCACGGAACAUAGUGACAGAAGCCAGAGUGCAUGGAAACACCAUUUACCUUCCCGCCACAGCGGUACCUAUUAUCUACUUGCACUGGUCUGCUUUUGAACUGCUAGGUUGGCAGAAGCAACAGGAGCUCACCUUGUCACACGGAUUCGAACCACCAACCUUCCAGUCAGCAAGCCUAAGAGACUCAGUGGUUUAGACCACAGUGCCACCCGCUUUUUUUUAAGGGAGCUAGAGGUGCUGAAAUAUACAGAAAGUACUCCUUAAAUGCAGAUUCUUCUGAUCGAUUUGAAUCUUUUUAGAAGCAGAAGCCAUAGGCUUUUCCUUGUUAUGUAUCUAUUGAAAGUCACCUACAAUCAGAAAUGCAUAAGUACUUCAUUGGCCAUCCAUGUCUGAACAUUGUGUUGGAAUGGGAAUUUUCCUUAUUUUAUAUUGUCAUUUGAGGCCAUGGUUUCAAGAGAGCAGGGAUAACCUACCACAAUCUGAUACACAUUUUCUUGCUUACAUUCCUAUUGUCAGUCAGUAGUGUAUCUGCUGUUGGUUAUUCACCUGUUGACUUGUUUUCAGGAGUACUGAGGAAAGCACAUGUUAAAAAUAGCAAGUCUUGACCUGUGUUCCCUUCUUAAAGGAAGAAAAAUCAUACAAGUUCCAAGAUUUUAAUUUAUGUAUUUUCAUUUAAUAUUGUGGUGUUUCUGUCUUCAUUAGGUUGUAUGCUUCGCCAAAGAAGAAAGUGACUCCAUUGCAUAAAUGUAUUAGCCCACUGGUUUGGUGCAGACAGAUAUUGGAUUAUCCAACUCCAGAUAUUGAAUGUGCUAAAAAAUCAUUGAUCCAUAGGCUUGAACAGACAAUGUCAGGUGAGUUUGUGAAUAAGCGUUAUACUAAUAAAAUAUACAAAAUAAUAUCAGAACUUGAUUUUUAAAAAUAGUUAUGAUCCUGUGAGAGUUAGUUUUAAAUUCAGUUGACUUCAGGGGGAAUAUAUACUUGAAGUACUUGUAGUAAUGUAAAAUUUCUGGAAAUUUUUCCAGGUUAAAAAACCAAAAACAGGUAUAGUUUAUUUAGAAAAAAUAAGUUACAAAUAAGUUUUUGUUACAAAUGGAGCUGUAGGGUGCUGAAGCAUAAGGAGCCUAGCAUCUCUGUGGUUUUGCCAGUUUAUGAGGAGCAGGCAAAAAACAAUAAAACCAAAAUGACCAACCUUAUAGUUAAAAAUAUAUUAUUUGCUCUGAAAAAUCUCUCUCUAAGCUGUCACAAUUUGUUACUUCAUAUUUGCCAACAUAUUUACCAUGGACUUCUAAAAACCGAAGAUUUGCCCAGAUUGAAACAAGCUUCUGUACUUUCAUAUGUCAGUUUAUGUCUUUUUCUGGUGUUUCCAAACAUAGACCAGUUUAUUUCACAUGCUGCAGAAGAUGAAUCUGGAGUACAUAAAAAAGCAAGAGGGGUUGGGGGCUGUGUUGUGCAAAACCCUUGCCAUCAUGUUGCAGGAGGGAGACACUUGCCAGAAUCCCAGAUUGCAUUCAUUUGCCAAAUAUGUGAAGAUGUUCUAUAUUCUGCACAUGAAAGUACCUUUCUAAUAUCAAGCUUCUUGAUUUUCCUUACGAAAAUGGUUGAAACCCCAUUGGCCCAGGACCCUUUAAUUCUUUUCCCUCCUUUAAUGUCACAACUGUUCAAACUGAAGUAUUUAGCUCAGUACUUGUUACUUUUUAUUUAUUCCUUUUUCCUUUGAUCUUCCUCCGCUGAGCUCAAAAUGGUUUGUGGUUCUCUUAAUACUCCAUGAGAUUAAGGCUUACAGCCUUAUGACAUUUAAAGUAAACAAUUAGCACUGGAACACUGUUUUCCGCCCUCUCUUUUAUACAGCUCUCAAGAGACACAGCCUUUAUAGUAAUCCGUUCAGCACUGUCAAUUAUGCAAACUCCUAUAGUCCAAAUGCUGGCAGUCCCUACAGCAGUAGCUUCAACUCUCCUUCCUCCACACCAGUGAAACCUCCUUUAGUAAAACAGCUCAUACUUCCUGGCAACUCAGGUAAGGGUCUCAAAAAUAAUGAUCAGAUUGUAAAACAACUGUGUAAUUCCUGUUUUGCUUUAUUCUUGCAAUAGUCCUGUGAAAUAUAUAAGGCUACCUUAGACUACAACAAGUGGUCCCUUCCAUAUGGCCAGAAAGACAGCUUGGGCAACAUUUAUUUAAAGUUUCCUUUAAAGUCAUAUUUUUGUGUUCCGUGCCAUUGCUAUUUCUGAACAGCUAUGUGUUCCAUGCCAUUCCAUUGCUAUUUCUGAACAACUAUGGUCAGUUUCAAAACAUGCCACCUUCAACCCAUGAGCUAUGAGUUUAAACUAAACUGUAGUUGGUGAUAAACCAUGGUCCUGAGUUUGGAUGCACUAAUAAGGCAACUUUACAGAAAAGUGAAAGUAAUUUUUGUAUAAGCUGCUGUCUGGCCACAUGAGAGGAGAGGGAAGGAGGGAAUGCUUGAAUUCAAUGUUCUCUCUGGCUUGUUCCACUUCAUGCAAAUUGUGUGCGAGAUAUGUGGAUGUGAGUACUAUGAUUCUAAGGUGAGCCAUGAACUUCCUACAAACCUGAGCAUGUCCACACCCAACAUUCCAGAGACAGUACAAAUGUGUUCUAGAUGGGUCACACUAUUUCUUUUAUUUGGGCAAGGGGUGGGGUAUUUGAUUCUUACAAAUUCAUUCUUCUUUAAACCCCUGGAAGCAUAAUUUUGAAUGAUCGUUUUUGUGACUGGAUGCCCAGAUCCAAGUUAGGGGCAAGUACUCUUUGGCAGAGAUUUAAAAUCACAAAAUAUGCAGCAUGGUAAAGCUGUAUAUCAUUCUCUUAAAAUAUGUCUAAGUUCUUUUCAAAGUUGCCGCUUCUUUAGCACAGAAAAAGACCACAUGUUUGGUAAGUUUAAAACUGUGGUUUAUUGGUUCAGGAAUACAGUAAAGGCUUGUUAGAGCCAUGUGGUCUUGAGUUUGGAGCAACCAGCUCACACCUCUUUAAAGGCUGCACUUCUCAGGUAGACUGAAGGUGAACAAUAGGUUUGGUUACCUUCCCACCAACCUAGUUAAGGCUGGCAGGACAGCUUACUCUGUAGUUAUCCCACGGUUUUGUCUUUACUUAAUAUCAAGGAAUGGAGUGUAAAUUAAUGGAACCUGAAUACACUUUCAGAAUGGUGAAUUGAGUUGAAUUGAAGCCUGAAUUGAUUACAUAAAUUAAUGGCACUGUAAAAACAUUUCAGUGUUUCAUCCAACUUAAUUCUGUUUCUUCAGUGACAUUUUCUUCAUCUACACUAAGCAAGGUUAAUGCCAUUUGACUCAUUGUAAAUUGAUCUGCACCUAAACCAAGGAAAAGCGAAUUUAUGGGUCAGCUAGCUUCAGUUGCUUUUUCUAGCACAGUCCCCACCACCACCGAUUAAAUUACUGAGACAAGUAAUAUAGUACAAAAGUUUUAGAUUUUUUUUCUAUUUUUUCCUUUUCUUAUAGGUCAUUACAAAAAUUCAGCAGAUAGAAAUCCUCCGUUGAGCCCGCAAUCCUCUAUAGAUAGUGAACUAAGUGCUUCAGAAAUGGAUGAAGAUUCAAUUGGUUCAAAUUACAAACUAAAUGACUUAACAGAUGUGCAAAUUUUAGCACGGAUGCAAGAGGAAAGUAAGUAUGCUUGUGGGUCAUUUCAGUCACCAAUCUUGACUUAGAUUUUUGGAGAACUGGUUCUUGCUCUUCAUUUCAUAUGAAAUGUAUAUGUAUCAUAAUCCAUAAAGUUAUUAUCUGAGCUGUCCUAAUGUCUACCUAUUUCAGAGACUGAGCAGAGGAAAGUGAGGGAUCCUGGAAACAAAUAGGCCAAGAAAAUAUUUUUUGGGGUGUGUGGAAACAACAUCAUCCAAUGUGAAUGGCCACUUAGACCGAGAGCUCCAGCUCUGACUGCCACAUACAUAGGUUUCAAUCCCAAAAAUCUGGAUUCCUUCUUUCUUUGAUUUAUCACUGUCAGACCUGUGAUGGGCUUUCCACUGAUGCAAGAAUGGUUCCUAACUGCAUUUUUUAAAGCAAGGAAUUUCUGAAGGUGGGGCAGAUCCUUUGAAAGAGACAUCUAUCAUGGCAGGAAAGGUAGAAUACCCAAAGGGGCAGGUGGAGUUGAAUCUGCCGGUGCAUAACCGGGAGCCUUAAAGUGCACUCCUGGUUGUGCAUUUGUAUUGACAGCAAAUCUCCUUUGCUAAUAAGCUGAUAGGUGCUGAUUUCAAACACACUGAGAUUUGCUGUAUUCCCUGAGAACUCUGUAGCACACCUGAUCCCAGCAGAAAGCAGAGCUUGAAGUCAGCACUUUUCCACAGAUAUGCACGGACUUCAAGUUCCACUUUUUUGCUGAGAUCAGCUGGCUUUGGAGUCCACAGCCAGCCAAUCACAGCAGAAAAGCAGAGCUUGAAGUCAGAGCUAAUUGUCGGAAACAUCUUGGUUUUAAUUUUUCUUUCUGGCACAGCUUGUCGUGCUACAAAGGAAAGAUGGGUCACUCGAUGGUAUAGUAACAGUGUUAAAAUGGCCUACCAAGGGUGGAAGAAUGCAGGAUUGGCCCACUGGCCAGAUCCAAUUUCCUACUCCUCCCUUCAGCAGUCUGAAUUAUUCUUGACUGAUCCACCUGUCUUCCAGCCACUGACAUGCAUGCCCUGGUCACAUCCAAAUUGGACUAUUGUAACACAUAUUACAUAGGGCUUCUUGUGCAAAUAACUAGGAAAUAUUAGGUCAUGCAAAAUAUGGUGGCCAGAUUAAUUUCUGAAUCUGAUUUAUCUUAUCAUAUCACCCCAGUUUUGUUUCAACUGCACUGGUUUCCAGUUCAUUUUUGGACAAAAUCCAGUUUCAGUUGUCCCUCUCUUUUAAAUCAUGUGAGCUAAGAAGGCCUUUUUAUUUUACUGAGUUUUUAAUUUGGGUUAAACUACUUACUCCUGGUUUUAUCCUGAAUUGUUUUACAUUACUCUUAGUGUCAGUAAUGAAAACUGAUGUUAGUUAUUUGAACAGUUUUGUUUUGUUGUUUGAACUGUCCUUGUGGUAUUUUUAUUUUUUUUUUGUAAGCAGCUUUUGGUUUCUUUUAGGGAGAAAAGCAGGAAAUAAAAUUUUAAAAUAAAUAAUUUCCAAGUUAGAUGCCCACCUUCCUUUGAGGAAGAGAAGCUCUUUGUUUAUACAGUGGUACCUCGGGUUAAGAACUUAAUUCGUUCCGGAGGUCCGUUCUUAACCUGAAACUAUUCCUAACCUGAAGCACCACUUUAGCUAAUGGGGCCUCCCGCUGCUGCCGCGCCACCGGAGCACGAUUUCUGUUCUCAUCCUGAAGCAAAGUUCUUAACCUGAAGCACUAUUUCUGGGUUAGCGGAGUGUGUAACCUGAAGUGUAUGUAACCUGAAGCGUAUGUAACCCGAGGUACCACUGUCCUAACUUAGAGUGACUUUAGAAUCAAAUGGGAUCGGACAAGCAAAUAGAACUUGAGUUCAGACAAUGUCCUUACUGUUGUUAGGUCUCCGGCAAGAAUAUGCAGCUACUGCUUCUCGGCGUAGUUCCGGCUCGUCGUGCAGUUCUAUGAGGCGAGGUACAUUUAGCGACCAGGAACUUGAUGCGCAGAGCUUAGAAGAUGAAGAAGACAGCUGCCAUCAUGCGGUGCACCCAGCUGUUAACCGGUUCUCUCCAUCACCACGCAAUUCACCACGGCCUUCACCAAAGCAGUCCCCACGGAAUUCUCCUCGCUCUCGAUCACCUGCCAGAGGGAUGGAGUACAGCAGAGUGUCACCUCAGCCUAUGAUUACUCGUUUGCAGCAGCCUCGUCUUUCACUUCAAGGCCAUCCCACAGAUUUACAGACUAGCAAUGUCAAAAACGAAGGUAAAGGGCUUGGUCUCAAAUUUUGUGUGUUGAGCGCCCUAGGAAGUUGCGCGGUAGGUAGUAUUUAAAACCAACUAAAUGGUGUGGCGUUUCUGCUGAAUCUGCUGAGAAUCAUGCAAGAACAUGUAGAAUAAGCAUCUUGACCAUUCUUUUCAUUAGGGCGACUAGAAAUCAAUAAGCUUAGAAAGUAAUUGAGCUAAUUGAGUUUCGGGUAGAUAUAGAUUAUUGUCAUUCUGUGGCUGCUUAGUUUUCAAAUUUCUCUAGUGCUGAGCAGUUUAUCAGAAAGGCAGAAUAUCUAGAAGAAGAGUGACACAAAACCAAUGCAAAUAUAAAAUAUUUACUACACAUAAAACAGCAAAAUAAGCAUGGUUUAUGUGAUAAAAGACAAAACCAAGCAACAGAAUGACAGAUAAAUAGAAAGUUUGGGUUGGAAUGCUUUAGCAAAGAAAAACACACACAAAUGCUUCCCUAAAAUGCUGUUUUCAAACUAGAUGACAAAAUGAGACCUAGCUGGGCUUACCUGUGGAAGGAAUACUACAGGAUUGAUGUCAGAUCUGAAAAGGGCCUGCCCCUUGCAUUCAGUCAUUAGCCUGGUCCACACUCGACAUGAAACUACCUUUUAAAAUAAACUUUGGUUUAAUGCACCAGAAGUCCUUGCUUCUCUCCUGCUUUUGACAGUGCCAUGCAUGGAAGGAAACAAGCUUGAAACAAGACAUUUUGGCUUGUUGUGACAUGCAAAGCUGGACUCGUUUUUUUUCUUCUGUAAACAAAACCACAAAAGGAAGCUAAGGUUUGUUCUUGGCUUACUGUUUAUGGUUUAUGUGGACAAAACAAAUCACAAGCCCAGGUUCAUGUCAAGACAAAACAGAUCCGGGCUUGUUUUCUCCCCUUCCGCUGCACAGUGAGGAGUAGGAGAGGAGCAAGGUGCUUAAGUACAUUAAAGGUAAAGGGACCCCUGACCAUUAGAUCCAGUCGUGGCCGACUCUGGGGUUGCGGCGCUCAUCUCGCUUUAUUGGCCGAGGGAGCCGGCGUACAGCUUCCAGGUCAUGUGGCCAGCAUGACUAAGCCGCUUCUGGCGAACCAGAGCAGCGCACGGAAACGUCAUUUACCUUCCCGCUGGAGCGGUACCUAUUUAUCUACUUGCACUUUGAUGUGCUUUUGAACUGCUAGGUUGGCAGGAGCAGGGACCCAGCAACAGGAGCUCACACCAUCGUGGGGAUUCAAACCGCCGACCUUCUGAUCGGCAAGUCCUAGGCUCUGGUUUAACCCACAGCGCCACCCACGUCCCUUUUAAGUACAUUAAACCGUAGUUAAUACUAAACUACAGUUUAGUAUUAGAACAUACGAAAGAAAAGUAUACAUUUUCAAGCAGGUAUGGUGAACCAUUGUCUGCCUAGAGGCUGUAAUCUCUUCUAGGCCACAUGACUGUGGGUGGGGAUAGAAGCCAAAGUGGGUAGAGUAAUAAAUACUAUUUUUACCUUUAUACAAUAGGCUUGUUUACACAUACUUUCCUCUCUGGACUCCAUCCAGACAAGCAGAAUUCAUUAUUAGAGUUCAAGGAUACCUUCUAGCAAGGCACAAACAUUCAAGGAGGAUGCAAAACAGGGCCAGUGAAGGGUUUGGCGCUCCUGAGAGUGUCCUGGCCCUAAGGUUCCCCAUCAGUGAAUUAAAGCAACAAGUUCAACGUACACUUGGCUUUUGGCUGAUCUAACGUAUGGGAAACAUUGCAUGAGAAUUUAAAUAAGGCAGCUUAAUUUGAUUCUUAAAACUCUGUUUCUAACAUCUGGAAAUGUAGAAGUUAAACUUGUGGGAGGAACAUGAGCAUUCUAGUAUGGUCGGUUUUACAAAAUACAAUAAUAAGAUUCUUUAAAAAACACACAUUCCUGACAUUUUUCUAGUAACAAAGUUUCUCAAGUCAUUUUCUCCAAAGGACACAAUAGAAUAAAAUAUUGGUUAGAUAGAGCUGUCUGUGUAUGUUCCCCAAACCAUAAGUUCAUUACAGAAGAAAAAGGUCACCAAGAUGUUUGUUGCGUCAGCAUUUCCAUUUUAAAGGAUGUUACCAUUUUGAAUGGAGUUUGACGAGGUAUGUAGAACCGGCACUUGCUUGAUGAUCACUCAGCUUGGCUUCUCACUUAUUAUGGAGAGCUCUACCCUGAGCCUGUGCUAGGAGAUCCCACAAACAAUAUUUGGCAGUGUUAUUUUUCUGUUGUUGUUGGAUGUUCCUGUUCCUCAGCUUUUCAAUUGCUUUCGAUAUCUUGAGGCAUGCCUUCAGAUAUCGUGCAUUGCAAACUCUGCUUUGUGGAAGGGGGAGGGGUAAGGCCAGUUCACUAUAUAGUAAGUUUGCCUGUAAAUGGAUCCAUUAACUCAGCUCUUUAAAGCUUUCAUGUUCCUGUUCACUCCCUUCAGUUCCUUGUUUUUAAAGCUUUGAGUUCUGUACAUCCUCUGCAUCACAAUCCUUGCUAAUGCUGCCAUAGCUGAAUUGCAUGUUCUUUAGGGCCUAUGUUCAAGGGACAGCCUUAGAAAUUGAGGCCUGGUGAAGACAGGUGGGGUAUUUUGUCUUGUCCUCCCAGCACCUUUACCCAUGCCCAUUAGUUAUCGGUCAUUUGUUUUUUCUUUAAAUAAUCAACAUAAUCCUGUGGCUAUGUACAGAUGGUACCUUUUUCCCAAAGCUUGAAGGUUAUAAAAUAUAGAAACAUUAUUGCUCACAAUACACACGUUCUCUCCCUGUGGUAUCUGUCUAAACAGGUUUUGCCACUAUCUCCUGCACAUGCUCUAAGCCCAGAAUGGGACAACUUUAUAAAAUGUAACAGAAGUCCUCUUGCAGAAGUCCAGUAGAAAAGAAUUUACAGUUCUCAGAGGGGAGGGAUGUGCUUUGACACUGGCAACCUUGCUAACCUUUUCCUUGCACAUGCUUUUAAAAAUCGAACCUGGAAAAGCUAUCCGUUUGGGAGAAGAUACUGGUUAAAGUCUCCAGCUACUGGAGAAGGUUUCUAUUCCACUUUCUGCGCUGAGGUUCUACUUCAUCCUUUUGCAAUCCACUCUUUGCAAUCAUUAUCAAAUGUGCUGCCUGCUAUUGACUGUUCAGGGUGGGUAGAAUAGGGAGCCAGAAAGAAAACUGAGAUGGACUCUAGAAAGGUGAGUAGCAGCACUGGUGCUGAGGCCCAAGAUCAGGUUGUGAUGUGUUGAACGGGGAGGGGAGACAGAUAAUUGUAUUCCUGUUCUGCAGAGUUCAUCAAAGCAUGUGGUCAGUGCCAUGUUUGCUUGUUGCACCUUGUGACUCUUGACACUCCUGAUAUAGCAAAAGUAAUAGUGUGGCUGGAAAAACAAAGCUUUCCCUCAUUUCUUUUCACGUUCUCCUAGCAUAUCCCAUGCUUUCUUGCAUGCGCAUAUACCCAUGCACCAUGCUGCUGGUUGAAAGAAUCAGACAAUUCUGAAAUCUGGUUCAGACAAUCGUCUGUUUCCUUCUCCCAAGUCUGACUAGACAGUGCGUUUCCUCGGUACAAAUGAAAAUGCAUGUUGCUGCUACAUUUUUUACUUUGGUUCAAGAAAUGCCUAAUGUUCUCAAUGCUGAGUUAAGGGCCCUCGUCUGCUUUCUACAGUAGUGGACUUGGGGGCUAGGGAAAAGCUGACUGCUGCUACAGUUGUCUGUCCAUAGAGAUGUCAGAGUGUCCAUGGUGAUGCUGCCCCACAUUUCUCUGAUAGUGCGCUGCUGCUGUAAAAGGCCAUAGCUUGUGUGGCAAGGGAUCCUGUCCAGUUCUUUCCAACACUAUAGCAAUACAACUGCAUGUGGUGGGAGUCCGUCUGCAGGGGUGGAAUUUAUUUUUAUAUAUGUUAGGCAAAUAAAUGCAGCUUCUGAAAUCUAUUUCUGGUAUAAUUUUUGGACAGGAUGAACCAAGCUUCUUUGAACAGUCCUGCUAAUCUUUUCUUUCCCCCUUACUUGCAUUAUUUUUUCUUGCUUUUGAACUUUUCCAUUUGUUUCUCCUAUACUGCCCUCAAAAGCAGGGACACACGAACAACCAACAAGAAAUUUUGCUAUCUGUCUUAAAGAAAUCCCACAAAGUAGAUGGGAAAUGGGUGUGCCACACAUGAAAACUUGUGGAAUCAAAUGUAUUUGAAUGACGUAAAUCGUAAGGAGACAGACAUGCCUCCAAAGCAGCCAAGGGUGCUUGACUUCUUUAAGUCUGUUAAAUUUAAGAGGUCAUUCAAGGAAGCUGUUGAAUGUUAUGUUGGCCCACGGUCUUACGUCUAAUUCCAUGGCUUUAUUUUACUCAGUUGGCCAGUAACGGUUGACUUUUUCAGUGUUCUAAUGACCAAUUCAGCACAUGGCCAGAGACUAUUCUACAUAUUCAAGUUUGCACUUCAAUUUACUUUCCAAGAAUUUUCAGACAUAGGGAUAUAGUUGUGCACUGUUCAUUUUAAUGUAAAGCAACCACAACAACAAUUAGAAGAAUCUGCCUUUUGGAGAAAGCAACAGUUAACAUAAACCAAUAUUUAAAAAAUCCUUCUAGUAGCACCUUAGAGACCAACUAAGUUAGUUAUUGGUAUGAGCUUUCGUUUGCAUGCACACUUCUUACAAAUAACUAACUUAGUUGGUCUCUAAGGUGCUACUGGAAGGAAUUUUUUUAUUUUGUUUCAACUACGGCAGACCAACAUGGCUACCUACCUGUAACUAUAAACCAGUAUGCGCUGUUGUUUUGAAAGCAUGUUUCCUUUUAGGAAAAAGUCAGAAAAGAAUAUAACUAUGCUUGUUGAAACUGGUCCUUUCAAAAGUGAAUCUUAACUAAAUGUUAACAGUAAAUACGGUAUGAAGAAUCAAAGGGCAGGUUGAUUCGAUACAACCAUAAAAUCGAUUAGCAUGAGCAAAGACUUGAACGUCUAUGUUAAGUUGAAACUAAAAUAAUGUUAAUUUAUUGGAUUCUUCAUGUCUAAACUCUGAUUUCAUUUGAGGACAGUAGAACCUCUCUCAUAAUUUUAAUGUGGUGCUUAAAUAAUAGUUUUAUGCCAUCGUGAAGGUGAAUAUUAGUGAUAUCUCUGCAUGGUGGGACUUUUAAAACCUGAAAUUUUCCAGUGAAGUCCCAUUUAGCUGAUAAAGCAAGAAGCAUUGUAUUUUUAAAUAUUGUAAGCCACUUUGUGGAAGAUUUCUUAAAAAAACAGAGUAUAAAUCAAAUAGAUAGAUAGACAGAUAGAUAGAUAGAUAAAAUGUUUGUUUACUUUCCCAAAACAACAGUGACAUAUGUAAAAAGGUCAUAUUCUCAUGACAUAACUGUCACGAGCAAAUGAUGGUAGAGAGAAGAUGAAAAGGCAGGCCCUGACCUAUCUACAGGGAGUCUGUAUGCAUACUACCGUAUGUGUUUUGGCUUUCUUGGUACACAUUUGCUCACCAUGGUUAUGUUGAGAUAUUAGAAUGGAGUAGACCAGCAGUUUUCUUACUUCUAUACCUUAAAUCCUAACCCCUCCUACCAGACAGCAAAGUAAGUUUUGCUCUGGAUGAAAACAAUAGACAAAUUGUACUUGCUUUCUCCAUCUCUGUCUCUUUCUCUUUUUACAUUUUUUAAAUCUAGUAAUUUUAUGUCUUACUAGAUUUAAAAUUUCUUAGAUGUAAUUUUGAUAAUGUAACAUUAGGCAGAUACCAUUUGUUUUAUGCAGAUUUGUAGCAAACUUUGCCCCCUCUCAUCCUUCGGGUUUCAGGUUGCCAUGAUUUUUCAGUCUCCUGCAUCAGAUGGUAUGUUGUGGUGUUCUUGUUGUCUUUCCUUAAUACAGAGAAACUAAGGCGUAGUCUUCCAAACCUGUCCAGGACAUCUAACAUCCAAGUUGAGUCUGUGAAAAACAGUAGAAGUGACUCAAACUUUCAAGUGCCAAAUGGAGGAAUAUCUCGUAUUCAACCUCAACCCUCAGCCAGUAAGUAUCUUUACAGUGAUGCUGUAAACACAGCUUCUGAGAGUCGGCUGAAAACAAUUAGCAGCGUGUUUACAGUUUCAUGGUAAAGGGAUUAGACAUUUCAUUCAAAUAAUGCAAGCUUGGUCAGAUCUGAUGUAUGUUGGGCAAAUGAGCAUUUCAAAGUACAGUACUUAACAAUGAAGUAUGUGUACAUUGUCAUCCCACAUUACUUCUCAAUAUUGAUGGUUUCCUUAAUGUCUGCUGUCCUGAAUAGGAAGCCUUUUCUGCAGCGGUCUAUCUUGAACAUUCCAUAAGCUUGGUCUCUGUGGUGCAGUGGGUCAGUGGGUCUGGCUGUUAACCAGAAAAUUGGUGGUUCAAGCCCACCCAGGGACGGCUGUGUUCAGAAUUCCUGCAUUGCUGGGAGUUGAACUAGAUGACCCUCAGGAUGCCUUCCAACUCUUAUGAUUUGCUAAUCAAGUAUAACUUGCAUUUUUUAUAUUUAGCUUGCAUUCAUUAUCAUAUAACAUGCCUAAGCAAGGAAUUAUAAAGCCCCUAGCUGUGUUGCAAUUUGCAGCUACACACUUUUGAUUCCCGUAGAGUGAUAGUAAAAAGUGUACUAAUGGUCCCCAUUCCCAUCUUUUGCCAUUCUGCCUUGGUACAAAUUUCAGUGAGUAUCAAUCAGUUGAAGUGAAUAUGAAAUGAGAGUCAGGAUUUCUGUUACCUCCAACAGAUGAAUGACUGAAAAUUAUGACAUCAAACUCGAAAGUGCCUGCCAGCCUGAAAGAUGGAUUAUAAAUUUUAAAAGAAAGAAGUUGCAUUUUCAUACUGUUAUUUUCACUUUUCAGCAUUCAUAACUGAAUUACUUGGAUCAGCUGCAUACAUAAACAUUUUCAGAGGCAUACACUUUUAUAGCCAUAAGCUUGUCUCCUGAAUUGUUUUGAAACAAUAAUUUUAUGUAGAAAAUAUAAAAAUAUUCACCAGAGGAAAAUGUCCUUUUGAACAAAGUUGGCACUCCUUUCUGCAAAUGAUAAAUUGUAAAUUACUAUACAUAAUGCAGUAACCUGAAUAGAACUAUGGGAUCAAAGAGUAAUAAGGUCUUGUAUGAACAGGUUCUUUUAUUAAUAGAAGUUGAGGAGUAAGUGUUUACACAUCCAUGUUGCCAAAGAAUCAGCCUCUCCCUUAAUGGAACUUGUCUGAAAGGUGUGCCUAUAUAAAUGGAGAUCUGAUUUUUCAAUUCCUGAUCAUAAUUUCCUUGUUUGUAAGGAAGGAUAUGAAUCUGGUCCAUAUCGUGCAAAAAUAAUGUAGGCAGUGCUUUCCUCUUUUGGGACUGAAAUUUGCAUUCUCCUUCCCUUUUGAAAAACUAACAAAUGCUUUCUUGGAAGCCUAUAGCCAAAUUACACACAAAUACAUGGUUUAACAUUAUGUGUACCUUUGUUUAACUGCAGUUAGCAACGACUCAGGUGGCCUAGUCAGUAUUUGGCCUAUGGUUGGUAGAGAGAGGGAGCUUAAUCACCCUCCCUAGUCCUCAUGAAAAAUCCCCCUAAAAACUUUUAUUUUAAUCACAAGGGAAAUUUCUCUAAAUGUUAAUGGGAGCUUCUCUGUUUUUUUAAAAAAAACAGCAUGUCACUUAUCCUUUUUGUGUUGAUAAGGGAUGGGGUACCUGUUAGAUGACCUUGCUGGCUGGUAUUUAUAGGAGCUGGAGUCCAACAACUGUAGGGUCACAGGUUCUGCAUCCCUGUGUAUAUAUAAUUUUGCAUAUGGAGGUUCUGCUCUUUGGGGUUUUCCUGUAUUUACUGGUUUUUAUUUGUUUAUUUUUGCAAAAUACUACUGUACACUUGCAGUGGUCUUCUCACUCUUUCCUCAGGUUGUUGCACUGCAUGAGAUUAACUUGGGAGGGUUGCAUUGAUUUCUGCCUUUUCUUGCUUCUAGUUCACUCCCUAAUUUAUACUUUCACAAGCUGCAGUACCUAACAUAUGGGUGGUGGUAAUGAAAAGUAUGUCGGCAGUGUAUCAGUGUAGUUUAAGCUUGUAUAAACAUAAAUAUAUUUCAUUAACAUACCUGUAGAAGUCUUGAUGAAAAUUAUUUCAAACCUUUGCAAAUGUAAGUUGAAAAUUUGGAUUUGUUUGGCUUCAUUUUCCGUCCUGUUCAAGGCUUGUUCUAGCUCAUGAAAAAUGGGCACCUGAACAUUCUGUAGCUCUCGUACAAGUUAGUAACCUCCUUAUGGUUCCAUUUUCUUAAGUGUGGUUUAUUCUGAAACCUUGUUUUAAACUAUUAAGUAGCACAGAAGGCAAAUUUUGCAGUCUUCUACCAAACUGAAAUUGUAGAAUGAAAAAGGUGUUAAUUUAGCUAUUGACUGAUAUAGUGGAAUCAAUGUGAGCAACUUUCUCAACAAAUGUAUUACUGAAGACAUAAGUCAUGCACAAGAAAUGCUACCAUAGCAGCGUCACAUUCAUCUGUAAGUUCUUAGACUCAAAACGUUAAAUUUCUGAUUUAUUAAUUAUAAUGCACAACUCGCUACUAAAAUCACCCUCCUUUCCAAAGGAUUGGAAAGUUGCCAGUAUAAAACAAAAUGUUUAUAAUGGGGUCAGUAGUAUUUAACUUGUUCCAAACUUAUUUGGACAUUUUGCAUAUUACGCCAAGCUAUUUCAAAUGGUAAACGCUUAAGCAGAUUCUGUGGAACUCUACAACUGAAUCAGUUAGCAGUACAGUGGCAGAUGUUUGAUCAUGCGCAAAGCGGCUUUUAAUUAUAACUUGACGUAUACAUCGAAUUGAUUCCAACUACCUGGGAAACAGUUUGUGAAGUUAAAAGGAGGUGUGGCAAAUUCAAGGUUAGGAAUCUCUAAAGGGUUGGAAAUAAAAUAGCUGUACAAGUUGAUAGUGCACCAGUAUUAGAAACACUAUGUCUUAUUCUGGUCACUGGUCACUCAGUCUCCAGAAGGAUAUCUUAAUUCUAGAAAUGUCACAAAAAACGUGUGGCAAAGAUGAAUGUGGGCUGGAACAAGUAUGGAGCAGCAUGUGUGUGAAAAGAGAAAUUAUCCCGAACACUAGAAUUGGGAUAAUCCAAUUAAACUCCCAGUAGGUUUAGAAUAUACAGAGGAAGCAUAUAUUAAUGCAGUCUGUGGAAUGAAUGGUCACAAGAUGUCUCUUUCUAAACCAAGACAUUUUUUGUGAGAUUCCUAAAUGCUUCUCUCCAUCAUUGAAGGCAAGAUACUAGGUGGGCUUUUUCUGGCAUUGUUUAGCAAGGCAUUUCUUGCCAUGAGUUAAAUACUUGAUUUGAAACUGUAUUUUGAUGUUACUUGUCAGAGAAAGUGUUGGUUGGGUAACAUACCCAUGGCUUUUUAUACAUCAUUAAAGCAAACAGUAUAUCCUACAUGUCUGUCUAUCUGCUAUAGAAGGUUGUGGGCUGAACUAUAUUUGUAAGAACUAAUAUUUAUAUUUAAAUAGUUUUUUUCAGUCCAUAAGAUUAUUAUUUUUUAAGUAAGCCACACUUUUUAAUGGCAUUAUUGUUGUUGUUUAUUAGAUUUAUAUAUGUGACCUAAUAGUGGAAUCAUAAAUACAACCCCCCUUGGCUCUGUAAGGGGAGUUCAGGAGAAAACAGUGCGUGGGGGGAAGGAAAGGAAAGAUUGUUCCAUUGGGCCAGCAGAAAUGCUUACGCUGGUGGAACAUUUGCAACAGUGCAACAUUCAAUUCCUCCCCACAGAAUUGACUUCUGAAUAGCCAUGCUUAAGUUUGUACCGUCAGAAAAAGUGGGCACAUCCAUUUAUCCAAAGCAAAAAGAACGCAUUUCUCCUUGCUGAAGGGAAGGGAGAUGGGGAACCAAAGAUAAAUAAGUGCUUCUUGGUGUGUAUUAACAAUUCAAUGUAGCAGUAGUAGAACACCAUUUCCUCAGUUACACUUUCAUCUAGAUAAUUCUCAUUCUAGUUCUCAAUGCCAUGUUGCUCAGCAUAGUCAUAAACCUAGAGAAGUGCGGGGCAGGUUCUUGUGAAGCCUGCUUUUGACUUGAUCUAUGUUUAAGGAGAAGGCUACAGACUUCUGCAGUGCCUCAAUUUUUGCAUGAUUCCCCCCCCCUCCUUGUCUUCAUCUAUCUGAGUUUUGUUAUUUGCCAAGCUGAGUUAAAACUCAUUGUGCUAGUAAACUGCUGAGAACCUGGCUUUAAUCAGGAUCCUUAAAAUUCAAGCGACUUUAAGAGCAUAUCUCAUUUUGUUUUAAUCUGGAUUAGCAGUUGCCGAGUGCAACACUGAUCCUAUGAGAUAUUUCACACACAAGAAAGAUGGGAAAGGCUUGGCUGAGCUCCAUGUUUCUUUCCUACAAGUUACUUAAGUUUCUUUAACGUAUAUGUGACUCAGAAAUAUAUAUAUUUAUUUUGACUUAAGUUAGAACUGUGUCUGAGGAUGACAGUUGCAGAGGACCACCAUAUUGUGUUGAAUUCUCAGCCAUACUUGAAUGCUUUUCAAGCAUUGAUUUGCCUCUAUGGUCCUCUCUAUCUAUGGCAGGCAUUAGCUUACAAAGAGACCUCUUAGAUACAGCAGCUGGCUUUAGAUGACAUUUUGUUGUUUGAGCUUGUUCCUGACUUUUCUUUAUACAUCAGAAUUAGUUUUUGAUUAAAGCAGAAAUACUAGCUUCAAUAAGUGAUCAGUCUUGUGUGAAUUCCUGUGUAUAAAUAUGCAUAUAUAUGUACAUACAUAUUAUGACACAUUUUCUUCAACUUCAGAAGAAAGAAGCUAUGUUCCUGAAUUGACUAUUUGGAGCUGAAAUUUUGUGUCUUUUGUUGAGUUAAAUGUGACGGUUGUGUUCUGAAUUUAACCUUGCACUGAUUUGGCUGUGGCAUGUCUGGCUGGUGGUUUGUUUUCACUUCUGGGCGUGUGGAUUAUUUUUGCCUCCUUGGGCUUUGGCCUGCAAGAAACUCUUUGCCUGCUAAAAUGCUUAACACAGUUUGUACCAUGAAGCAUCUGACAUUUACCUUUGCAAUCCUUCUUAGUGUGGUGAGCAUCACUUCUGUAAAGCAAAGCAAAGCAAAGCACUCCUCCUCCACUACUACUACUACUACUGGAGCCGUAACAGCUUUUGAAAACUGUUAUGCUUUUUUUGCUUCCUGAUUUUUCCUAGGUAGAUAAGGUCCUAAAAUCUUAAGUGAACUUUGAAUUCAUUAUCUUCUCUCUUUAGACAGAUAUGACAUGUCUUUGUUUCAACAGCUCUGCAAAGGCAGAAAAAAAUGCCCCGUGUUGCCUUCAAAACCAAACAGCUACUUCCUACUCCAGCUACCAAAGGAGGUAAAUUAGCUUACAGCCAUUUAAUGAAAUCCAGUUAAAUUCAGAAAAUUGUUCCCUUGUGCUUAGACUUAUGCAGUUGAAAUAAUGCAACUGGAGUCUAACAGCAAGUGCUUUUAUUGGUGAAUGUAAUGGCAUAAAUGCUCCUUUAUAGAACAUUUCAGCAUUGACUAUUGGCUAGCUGUUGACUGUUGUGAUCUUCCUUCAUAUGCUUCUUAUGAAAAUAAAUGCUAAGUUUUAGCAAGCUUUGAUCUUAAAACUUAUCAGCACUGCUUUAGGAUUGCUUAAAUACCUUAACUGAUAAAAUAAUCAGUUGUGUUAGAAUUUAUCCUAUGUUCUGCUUUAGAAGAAUAAGAGUAGGUUAUAUUAAGUUGGGGCAAACUCAUGUUUUCUAGGUUUAGAGAUGGUGCCUAUACCUUUGUUUUGGGCAAUAGCACUGCCCACUGUCUUGGAGUUCUCAAAAGACUGGAUAUGAUUUUAAAGAACUCAUUGAUUACUCUUACCUCUUAAUGGUUUUACAAUUCAAGAAAAGUUAGUGCUAAGCUAAAUUCUAAAGAGAACAGCUAUUUAAUUCAACUUGCCUUCUUCUUUAUUUUAAAGUAGCAGGCAUAUUCAGAACAGUUCUAAGGUUGCCUAACACUCUCCAGAUAGACCUUUAAUUAUUGGGUCCUUAGUUGUCAUUUUUAUUCAGUCUUCUUUGUAGCCUGUUUGGGAUAGCUGAACCAAAUUCUUCAAGCCUGGAAAACUUGGAUACUUUUCAGAAAUUAACAACUGCUCCUGGUUGAAGGUGGAGCUGUUGGUUUAGACUUAGGCAGAUUAUCUAUCCCAUUGUGUUGCCCUUAACUUCAAUAUUCUUUGUAUAAAAUCAGCACACAUCAUUCAAAACAUCUGCUUAAUACUUUGGUUCAUAAUACAUAAUUUCAAAAUAUAGCUUGCAUUUGUCAUUGCUAAAUGAGAUAUUUUAAAGAACAUUUUUUCUAAGUAUUUUGAAGCAGAAACAUUUGCCAAGUGCAGUGCAUUUGCAGAAUACACAUGUAGCAUUUUCAAAGAAUUCUGCCUUACGUCUAUUAUUCAUGUCAUUUUGGUUUGGCUCCCUAUUAAAAGUUUAUAAUCUUAGCCAAAUUAUCUUUGGAGAAGCUUCUUCAUGUUCAUAUUGCUAUGACUAGGUGUGUAGAAAGUUUUUGUGGGUACAGUGUAAAGCUAGUCAGUUCCGAAUUUAUGUGAUUUGGUACAAUAGUUUUUUGAAAGAAUGAUUUCUUUAGACGCAAGGUCUUGAAGCCCAUUAUCUCAGUUCUUUUUGUUCUUGGACCAUAGCAUUGUUCUAAUUAUUUAUUGAUAUUUUGUGAUACACUCAAUAGCAGUCCAGACUAUUUGAUCAUUCACAAAGCACAUUUUGUCUCAGAAUUUUAUUUUGGACUUAGGGCUUUCUGUGUCCUUACUCCUGAAACACCAGUCCUUUUUCUGCUUAGAAUGGUUAAUGGAUGGAUAACCUAAAUGUCUUCUUCCACCUAAGUUCAACAAUAUGCUACUUCUCUGGCCCUAUAAAAUACCUCUAACAAUCUCUUGCAUUUGUUUUAGAAUACUGUAAAUUCCUUUUUAAAGCAGGAAAUGACAAGUUUAGGUUGUGUGGCAUACUUCACUGCAGUUAUUUACAAGAAGCUAUAAUUCUCCUUUCCUUCUUAUAUCAGGAUGUUGCUUGCUGAUCAGUACUCUGGGUGGGUCGGUCGGUAGACACAGAUAGAUUAUACCUAUAGGGCUAAGAUUACGCAAGGUAUUUAUUCUCAACACACGUGUUGUUGUUUGUUACUACAUAUUCCUCCAUUAUUAUUAUUUUUGCAAUGCUUGCCUUAAGUGAAGGGCCAUCAUUAUGUCAUAUAUGGGAGACCAUUCAGUUUUGCCUUGAGAUUAUUAAUAUUGAAAAGUAUCAGUGUGGAUAGUUUCUCUAGAAGCGUGGAUGUUCAUAGAUGUUUUGUAAGCAAAAGGCUUCUGUGUAAUGGAAUUAACUAGGCAGUCUAUUAAUAAUUACAUAAAGCUGGUCAGGGUUUGGAGCUCAAACAAAGAAAUUCUUUUUUGAGCCACAUGCUUCCUCUUGUAAAGGACCUUUUGUUACAGCAAAAUUCACAGCUGUGUGCAGUAAGUGGGCAGAGUGGGGUGUUGGAAACUGAAAUAUUGUAUAAAGUGAGCUUGGAUGGUCUUUCUUAUAAUUUGAAUAGAAAGGACUAGGGAAUCUAGUUUUUGUUUUAUUUUAAAGGGUAUGUGAGACUGUAAGAAUUUCCAAAAAAAAAAAAAAACAUCUUCAGUUUUAUUCAUAAAGCUCACGUUAUAAACAUUGUUCAGUUGUUCCAAAAACCUUUUCCUGUAGCACACUGAAACUCCAUCCAUUAUUUCAUUACAGGUUCAAAGCCUUUUAAAUCCUGCAAUUACAUUUGAGGUUUCUUGUACUUUUUUACUUUUCUUAUUUAGGAGUUUUUGUAGUUAUUGGUCUCUUCUGAAACAGCUCACUUGCUUUUGGCUUUUUGCUGCCUGGGGUGUUUGUUCAUUGUCUGAUCAUUGGCUUGUCUUGUUCCAUAAUGCCACUGUGGAAUGUUCCCCCAGAAACAUGCCAAUAAGGAUUCUCUAUACACCUUUAUCUUUUCUCAAGAUGCUGUAGCCUGUGUAAUUUGAGGGUCAUGGGAGUUUUCAGAGCUUUAAGAGCAAUUCAGACUUGGUUAUGUGAAUUUAGAUUCCAAUAAUUUCUAGUGUGAGUUUGUAGUAUUUUUUUUUUAUUUAUAAACCCUGCCUUCAUCAUAUUGAUUCCAGCAUGUAGUUCACCUCUGUGAAACACAAGGUCUAGCUACACUGUCUGUGAACUACAGUUAUACUUCCUAGAUUUCUUAAAGGAAUAGCAUCUUAUAUUGUCUGUGAUUAAAACCUUCUCCAUUGCUUUUAACACUCAGACAUUGCCUCAUAUUUAUGGUAUACUCCCUAAUAAAUGUAUUUUCACAGUGUACAGAACAAAUUCAGUAGCAAUGGGCAUUUCUCAUACUAAAUGCAUUUUUUAAAAAAAAUCUGCAGUGCAUUACAAACUCUGCUAGGUUUGCUACAUCAUCUUAUGAAUAAUUUGAAUGAGAAGGACUGUAUGCAUAACACAUAUCUACCCCCAAAGAAAGUGUUGAAAACGGUCAGACCAAAAUAGGCACAAAACUAUUUCUCUGUCUGUUAGCAUAACUGAUGAUAGGUGUCCAUUUUUAUACUGCCAGACAUCAAAUGUCAGUCUCCUUCAGUAGAACAUUGUGAGUGUGUAGCAGGCUAUACACAAACUCUGUGCUUAUAAAAAGAUGUCUAAAACAUCAAUACCUCUGUGUUGUGUUGUGUAAAUCUAUAGUACAUUGCAGGUGCUGAAACAGUUUCUGCCUAUUUUUUAAGCUGCCUUUUGUUGUUUCUUCGCCACUGAAAAUGACAUUCUUGUUUUGAUGAUUUUCCAGUUCCUUCUCCCAGUAAAUUCCGGUCCCCAGCAGCACCAUCUCCUCUGGCUCUGAGACAGCCGGUAAAAGCGUUUAGUAACCAUGGACCUAGCUCUGCCGUUCCAGAAGCUGUCCAGCUUUCACAUAGCAGCUCUUCACCAGGGCCUUUAGCAGCUCCCAAUUCAGUCUCUCCAAGCCCAGCCAGCAGCAUCAACAGUGCUACACUUACAAGACCCGCAGGGACAACAGGGAUGAGGAGUGGUUUGCCAAGACCUAGUGCCCCCUCCGCUGGGGGCAUACCAGUGCCUCGUAGCAAACUUGCACAGCCUGUUCGCAGGUGAGUCUUGCUUUCAUUUUAAGAUUUCAUACUGCAGAAGCAGUCUUCCGUACAAGUGCUUGCAUGUCUCGAACUCCAAUAGUGUAUCAUUUAUGCUGUGCACUAAUAGCAAUCCCAGUUCUCCUAGUGCUGUUUUUAUGUAGUCAGAAAGGCACCACUGACCCACAGGAUAGAGGUAUUUUCAGAGUAUUGGGGGGUGGGAGGACAGGACCUAAAGAUUGAGCAUGAGCGUUCUCAGUGGUCACAGAAUGCUGACUGAAGUGGGGUGGACUGUGGAAAACCAGGGAAAGGCAUCUUUCAGGUAAGCUGGUUGCAAGCCAUUUAGAGCUUUAUAGGUCAAAACCGUCACUUUGAAUUGCACUUGCAAUCUAAGAGAAUUGGCAGCCAAUGUGGGUAAUACAAAAGGGGAGGAAUACAAGCAUUAGAUUUCACUCCUAUAAGAAGCCCGCUUGCAGCAUUCUGAACUUGUUGAACUUUCCAAACUGUUUUCAAAGGCAGCCCUACCUCAAGAUAAGAGAUGACUUAAGGAAGGGAUCACUGUAGCAACAUCAGGUAGUUUCAGAAAGGCACGCAGCUCAGCUGGUGCACCCACCUUAAUUGUAUAAAGGAAGGCUAAGGCCCUAAAACCCAGAUAUAAAACUGGGUUGAAGACCACCCCACCUGCAAGCUGAAUCCUGCCUUUUCCAUGAGAGUUCAGCCACUUUAAAUGCUGGAUGAACAUCCAAACGGAAGCUUUUGCGUUUGAUCAGAAAACCCUCUGUUUUGCAUAGUAGUAGUAGUAGUUGUUGUUUAUUAAUUGAAUUUUUCCUGGAGGUCUCAGGGCGGUUCACAUAAAAAUAUCACAGCAUAUAAAAUAAAAAUAAAACAAUAACCCACUAAUACCUCCCCCCAAAACGGCCACAUUUUAAAAGGGUAUGGGAUGUUGAUCAGGUCAACCAAAGCCCUGGUUAAAAAGGAACGUUUUUGCUUGGUGCCUAAAGGUGUAUAAAUGAAGGCACCAGGCAAACUUCCCUGGGGACAGCAUUCCACAGACAGAGAGCUAUUGCAGUUCCCAUAUGCUAGCCCUCACUGAGUUCAGUAUUAACACCAAUCAUUUACUACUUCUCUCUUAGUUGAAUGUAAGUGGCUUUUGAGCUAAAGAGGUUGCUGUUGCCACAGUUAACUUCAACACAGAGGUACAGCCAAGCUUAUUUUCACUGGGCACAGCUCACCAGAAGCCAGUCCUUUGGAACUCUCGUGUUUUAAUGCAGUUCUUGUUCAUUUCAAGAUAGCUUGCACAGCACAAAAGCCCCAGUAGAAUGUGCUGUUUGUGGGCGGGUCAGUUUGGAUUGAUUUUGGUACUAGGUUAAAUUUUAGAGAAAACAAUUGGAGCAGUCUUUUCUGAAACCUAACCUACCUGAACAAAGUGAAAUGAAAAAAAGAUCAGGCCGUAUUUAUGACAUUGCCUUUCUGAAUCAGGCGAAGGUCUUAUCUAGUCCAGCAUCUGCUCCCAAUAGCAGCUAGCUGGAUGUAUCUGAAAUGCUAAAGCUAGUUUAAAUGUUAAUGUUGUCUGUUAGUUACUCCAAGCGUAUAUUGCUAAAAGUUAAUCUAAUAUUGGGGAUAACUUCUUAAAAUGAACAAUAGUUGGUGCUAAUACCUUCAGUGAACUGUAAUUUUAAAGAAGUAGUUGCACUUGUAUAUCAUGGUCUAAGACUUUCUUGGGAAUGUAUUUUUGUGUUUCAGAACAUUGCCAGCUCCCAAAACCUAUAGCAAUGUGAAAGAUGAGAGUUGGAAGGACGGCUGCUACUGAAGUGCAAAGCAACACUGUUCAGUAGGUACUCCUUCCCCAGGCUAAAUGACAGAUCAAUAUGCAGACUGAUCAGAUAAGACUUUGGGGGUUUGCAAAUCCCCAGACCUCUGUCCUUAAUUAGCACAAGCUGGCAGAGAUUAUAAAACAGCACUUUAAUGACAUUAACAUCAGAUACUUGGUGAUCACUCAAAUCACUUUUACAUGAAUCACUUUUCACCUCCGGAGCUUUCUCUCCUCUGCUACCUAAAAAUUGUUAUAAAUGCUCUCAUGGAUACAGUGGUCAACAUCUGGGCAAACACCUAACACAAUGCCAAAGAAACAUCUAUCCUGAAAAACAGCAUGUAAAAUCGUAAAAAUAAAAUUAAAAAUAAAAUCUAAAACAUCCAUAUGUGACUUGAUUUGAUUUAAGGAAAAUAAUUUUCUGGAGCUGUAGUAUGUAAACAUUAACAUAUUAAUCAAAGGGGGGGAAACGGCUUGCCAAGUGCUACUGUGGUAGUGAAAUCCUUUUAAACAAUUGUGGAAGAUUUCAAUGGAGAAAUUGCUGAGUCACAGCAGAACCAUUUUAUCUGGAGUCUCAUUUGGGAGUGGUAGGGAAGCCAUGUCAUUGUUUUUAUCUUUUUGAACAAUCCGGAUGCAGCAGACCUCAUAUAUCUGGGUUGGAUAGGUUGCAUCUUUUUAUGUUGAUUUCUUGACCCAAACUGGUUUUGUGUUGUUUCAUUUGGAUUGCCAAAAGGGCUUAGUAUCAACUGUACAAUCUUUCUAAACUUAGCAGUUCCUGGCUCAGGAAGAUGGCCUUUGCUAUCGCAAACAACAUUUUGAAAAACACAGCUCACACUAUUUUGAGAAGUCCUUUUUCAGAUGAAAUUUCCUUGAAAAGGGAGAAAUUGUCCAUUAAAAUCACACCUCAGUGCUUACAGCCUGGAACUCAACUGAACAUGCGUAGAGUUAACAUAAAGAAAAGAUGACUAUGCACUUAUGCCCUAGAGAUACUAAGGAAAUGAGUUGUACUGUUGAUACCAAAUGAUUAUAUUCAUGUGGGUAAUGUUUCAUGGUAUGAGGGAGUUUUCUUUAUCUUUUUUUAAAGAAAAAAAUGAUUAGCUUCCUAAACUAAUUUGUGUUUAAUUGUAAAUACUUCUUCCGAAGUUAUUGCCCAUGUUAGUAUUUUAACUAUGUACUUUGCCUUACACCUGUAUUUUACAUUGUUGGUAAGAGUUUAAAAAACGAAAACGAAAAAAAACAACCCAGCCAUAUAUGUUUACAAGAUAUUUAGUUCCUCUAGUGGCUGUCAGACUAACCAAUACUUAUCACUAUUUUUACUUGUUUGCAGGGUUGCCUGCUCAGUUAAAAUACAAAACAAAACCCUGCUGCUAUUGACACCCUAUUUCCCUCCCUUCACAAACAUACAUACCUUUUAAAAAAUGUUUUUGUUUUUUGCUGCAUUGAACGACUGAAGAUGUGAAAACAGCAAGCUGGGAGCAGGUCCGUUGUAAAUGUCUCUAUGGAUGGGGCAGUCUCUCAGUAUGACAUCCGCUGUGAGUCUGCAGCACUCAUGAAGUUCUUGUUAAAACAAGGCAGCCAGGAUACUUUUUAUGUAAUGACUAAAGAAUUCAACAGGCUCUGUUGGAAUUGUGGUAGGUUGCCUUUGAACCUCAUUCAUGCCUGCCUCAUAAUAUGUGUGUUUUGAAUUUUGCAGCAAAUGGUAAUUCAUCCUAGAAUUUCACAGUCCUCGGAUUUUUAGUUUUCUUAGCUUAGUGGAUUAAAAGCCAUGCAACUUUUACUUGAAUUGGAUAAGUGAACAAGACAGACUAGGACCAGAUCUCUGAUCCAGCAGUUUCGUAAUCCGCGGGCAGUCUUUAUUGGUUAAACAAGAGGCCCUUCAUUUUGCCAUGUUUAAGUCACGGGAUUCUUACUGCAGGAAUUUUUAGGAUGCUGAUUUCUAAAGACACAUUAUGGGAAGAAAGGUUUAUGUACAGGUCCAAGUACCCAAAAAAACUGGGCAUUCUUUCUGAUUCUUGGUUUAAACAGGUCUUAUAAGUAGAUUUCUUCACAAUUCUUUCCAAUGCUACUUUUUGUAUACGGUGGAAUGAUACGCACGGCGAAUCAUAAGCACAGUCUGGGAAGUGGAAUUCAUUUUAAUUAAAAAAUACUUCCCCUGAUCUUUGCAUCCAGAUAAAAGUCUGCCUGGAUGAAAUCUACUGCUCUAGUGUGUCUUCCGAAAUCAAAGUAGCCAAUAACCUGUCGUAAACCUGAGGUAGGAUUAAUAGUGUUGUACCGUUAAUCCAACACAUGUGAUGUUGAGCCAAAAAAAAAAAAAAGGCGAGGUACCAAAAUAUUUUAGGUAAAACUAUCGGGCUUCAUUUUUCAAACUUGGCUCUAAUGAAGUAGAUGUUGCAAUCUUCAGAAGUGAGGAAAUUCUAAUUUGUGCUUUUAUUAGGAAAAUGUUUAUUUUAUGUUGUUCAGAAAUUCAGAUGUUACCUUUUUAACCAAGGUGCAUCGCCUUCUUUUAUAAACCACUUUUUAAAAAUCAAACUCAGCUGUUCAAUCAUUUUGAAGGUGUAUUAAGUUCUGGAAACAUCCUGCUGCUACAUCAUAAUAAAAAUCCAGCAAAUACAAAUUCCUGAAAGAAGAAAACUGCCAGUUUACUAGGGGAGAUUUUGUGCAUUACCAGUUUAUUUGAUUACCAGGACAUCCUAGGGCUUUAUGUGUUUAGAGGUUUGGGUAUAUUGAAGAAGUGUGGAAACAUGAAUUUGAUAAACUAGUGCCUAUGAUUUUCUUAAUUUAUGUUUGAUAAUAGUAGUAAGGGUUUUAUGAAUGUGGAUUAUUUUUAGUGCCAACAGCUCAGAAUUGUUGUAUGUAUGUAGGCAGAAAAGAAAGGAAUUCUGCUUCCAAAGUUAUUUAAUUUUUUUCUCAGUGUUUGAAUGUUUUUGUAAGUGUUAAUAAAAAAGUAAAAAAAAUGGAAAAAAUAUAAAUAUUCUUACCACAGC